UGGCUCCACAGCUAUAUGGCAUUUCAAUACAGACAAGACUUUGAAGAAGAACGUGCUGCUCGAGCACAAGCUGUCGGUACAAAGGAUGCACUGUCUGAUCAACUCAGAGACUGUAAGGCAGAAGCUGGGACAGAGAAACGAGAGAAACAAGCUGUGAUAGCCAAACUAAAGACCACUGUCGCUGAAAAACAACAUAUAGCAAAACAAAUGAUACAAAGUGAGAAAGACUCUGAGCUAAAUCUAGGUACAAAGUUACAAGAAAUCAAGAUGAUUAGAAGAGAGAACACUCAAUUAAUGGCUCAGAUGGAGCACUUAAGAACAGAAUCGUCUAAGUUACAGCGACAACUGCAAACAGCUGAAGCAACGUACGAACGCAGAGAAGCUAAGAUAGUACAAGAAGUUGAUGAACUAAAGAAUGAAUUUGCUAAGACCCAAGACAAAGCUCAGAUGGCCGCUGCUAUGAAAAUUAGCUUAAAUGAACAACUCGAAAGUGUCACUCAAGAUAGAGAUAGUAAACUGAAAAAGCUCGAAAUAUUGGCUAAUGAAAAGGUAUCUGUUGAUGAUCAAUUGACUCGUGAGAGAAACCACGGUGCAGCAUUGGCACAAGAUCUUGCUGCCAAAGAACACAAAAUGGCAACAGGAUAG